AUGGGCGCUCCCCGGUGGAAGCGAAUCUGCCUUUUGUUGCUGGUCGGGCUAGCGUUCUCUGUCGUUUUCUUUGGCCACUACUACUCGACGAGCUCCCCCGGCAGCCCCAGGGCUGCAUCCAGGCUGCUACAGCGAGAGGCACUGGGCUCUGCCCAAGCAGAAAUACCCCAUAAUGUCAGGAGCCACGGUCUGAUGAGCGCAAGCCUCAUGAAGAGGGGGAACCCAACCAAAGAGUUAUCUAAAGGAGAAAACCCAAAUCACCCCAAGGAGAAGUCCAGCUUGUGCCCCCGGUCAUUGCAGUCCAAAGCGAAGAGCAACCCCGUGUUCGGGAAGCGGUUUGAUUUUGACAUCCCUGUGCUGAUGUGGAAGCAGCACUUCAACCCCGAGACGUGGGACCGACUGAAGGAGCGCAACGUCCCCUAUGGCUGGCGUGGUUUGCCGUAUGCAGCGAUCGCAUCUACAGUGCAGCUCCUCAACAGCUCUGCCAACAGCAGGCUCUUCAGCAGGAUCGGCCUUCCGGACAACUGCAUUCGCUGCGCUGUGGUCGGGAAUGGGGGGAUUCUGAAUGGAUCCCGCCAAGGCAAGGAGAUCGAUGCUCAUGACUUUGUCUUCAGGCUGAAUGGGGCAGUGACCAAAGGCUUUGAGGAAGAUGUUGGCACGAAGACCUCCUUCUAUGGCUUCACUGUCAACACGAUGAAGAAUUCCCUGAUUGCCUAUGCAGAAGAUGGCUUCACCCAGGUGCCACAAGCCAAGGACAUAAGGUACAUUUUCAUUCCCUCGGAUAUCCGUGAUUACAUCAUGCUGAGAUCCGCUGUGCUGGGCGUCCCUGUUCCAGAGGGCUCUGAUAAGCGUGAUGAGCCACAUAAAUACUUUGGACCUGAAGCUUCUUCAAGAAAGUUCAAGUUGUUGCACCCAGAAUUCAUGUAUUAUCUAACAGAAAGGUUUUUAAGAUCAGAAUUAAUAAAGACUCAGUUUGGGCAUCUCUACAUGCCCAGCACUGGAGCAGUUAUGCUGUUAACAGCACUGCAUACCUGUGAUCAGGUCAGUGCUUAUGGAUUCAUCACACAAAAUUACAAGACUUUUUCGGAUCAUUACUAUGAUCGUGAAAAGAAGCCUUUGGUGUUCUAUGCCAACCAUGACAUGUUAUUAGAGGCAGAGCUGUGGAAGAGCUUACACCAGGGUGGCAUCAUGAAGCUGUAUCAGCGGUGAAAGCA